CUUUGCGUUCUUCAACAAUGGCGGAUUCAGAGAACGCUGAGAGGCGCGAGGAGAAUACAGAUUACACCAUGGAUGGAACAGUAGAUAUAAAAGGCAGACCUUUUCUCAGAUCAAAAGGAGGAAGAUGGUCUGCUUGUUCCUUUAUUGUUGUAUUUGAAGCAUUUGAGAGACUGGCAUAUUUUGGUGUGGCGCCGAAUCUAGUCGUAUAUCUCACAAAUAAGCUUCAUCAAGGCACCAUUAAAUCUUCAAACAAUGUCACAAACUGGUUUGGAACCAUAAUGUUGACACCAAUUUUUGGCGCAUAUAUUGCUGAUUCUCAUCUCGGUCGAUACUGGACUUUUGUAAUAUCUUCUGCAAUCUACUUAAUGGGAAUGAUACUUCUUACUCUUGCUGUAUCGCUCCCAUCGCUACGACCUCCAGCUUGUAAUUCGUCGAACAAAGAAGGGUGUGAAGCCCAGGCGAGUGCAGUCCAAGUAUCCAUAUUCUUCUUAGCAUUAUAUAUAAUAGCAUUGGGAGCUGGUGGAACCAAACCCAACAUAUCAACAUUUGGAGCUGAUCAAUUUGAUGUUUAUGACGAAGAGGAAAGAGCCCUAAAACUUUCAUUCUUCAAUUGGUGGACUUUCGCUCUCUUCUUUGGAAACCUCCUCUCAAGCACUGUCCUCAUCUAUAUCCAAGAUAACGUUAGCUUUUCAGUUGGCUACAUCAUACCCACAAUUGCAUUAGCCUUUUCAAUACUAGUAUUCUUUGUUGGCACACCAUUUUAUAGGCAUAAGUUGCCUUCCGGUAGUCCAAUCAUAAGAAUAGCUCGUGUUUUGGUGGCCUCUAUUCGAAAAUGGAAGAUUCCUUAUCCAAUAGAUUCAAAAGAAUUAUAUGAGCUCGACUCCGAGCACUCCUCAAAGAAGGCAUAUUACAAAAUCAAUCGCUCAAACUCACUAAGGUUAAUAUUGAUCAAGCUUGUCUUAUUUAUUAAACAAGGAGUUAGAAUGUAAGAAGUAUAAAAAAUAAUCCUCUACUACUUAUAUGAGGUCAUUUUAGUCUCAUAUUCGAUAAGAAUAUCAAAU